UGAUGUCGACCUGGUACGUCUACAAUGAAGCGAAAGUGGCCAGGAGCCUCGAAUUGUGAAAACUGUCCCCUCCCUACCUCCCACUAAUGAUAUGACGAUUUUAGAUAGCAAUACUGGAAUCAGAAGAAGGCCGAUCUGGCCAUCAAUCCAGUGCACAUUCCCUUGGAGUUGACAUGGCCUUUGUUAUCCCUUGCGCCAGACCCUCAAUCUCACACAUUCCAGCCUCCAGAAAGCGCGAUCCCCUCACUUGAGAAACCACCUACGGCAUUCUGGUCACUAUGUUCCAGCAUGUUACAUCCCGCAAAAGGAGUGCUGACAUCUGGCGAAGAUGUGGCCGUUAUGGCUUAUCAUUCUUGUCGCGGUGGCAGGAGCCGUGGCUAUUCUUGUUAUAGGAGUCUGUCUCGCCGUCAAGUUGGAGCGACGACGGCAUCAGCAGAUCCUUCGGAAACACCUUGCGAGCAAUGACCCGGCCAGGCAUCGUCGAUCGAGAUUCAGUGCACAAGAUGUCAGCUAUCAAAGUUUGCCGUUGCCCACCACAAGUCUCAGAAGAAGUGUACAGAUGCCUUUUGGGAUCGUGACGAUCAGCUCCAGCAACUCGUUGACGAGUACGAUCGAUGAAGACAAAGAGGCUCGAGCAAGUACAACCAUGCUCUAUGAUCCUGAAGGGGGACUGCGCCAGCAGGGCAGCAAGAUUCGGAGCUUACCUUCAGACCGCUCGCUAUACAACCCUAAAUCACGCAGACAAAAGAAAACCGGUCACUUCCUAGACCUAACGAAAGCCCAUACCUCGCCGUUGUCAGCAAUCACUGAGUUCACUGACUCUCAAACGUGCGAUUCUCCUGUAAACGAGGAAUUUCCGCCCAACUCCCCAACAGUUGCUGAACAGAAGAAAGCGCUCAUGAAGGCGCAAAGACAAUUUUCCGUUCAAUGGCCUCUUGCCAUGUCAAAGGCUCGAACAGAUGCAGCGCCGACCGAAGUACUGUCCAUGGCUGCUCGCGCAAGUAUGCUUAUGCGGAUGUACACGCCUUAUGCUACCCAUCAUGUAGCUCAAACCUUCCGGCCACCGACGAUGCCUCGGUCUGUCAGCAUAACUAGUACUACUUCCUCAGCACCUGAUGAUCCUCUACCGCCAUUGCCAACAACGAAUACCUACAAGCAGACUAGGCCGUGCGAACCGAGAACCAGGGGCUCGAUUGCCAGUUUGGAGACCAUCAGCAGCUCUGUCUUAGGAAUGGCGAUGAGUUCUCCACGUACCGGGAUAGUUAAAGGGGGUCAUGGCGUUGCCGCAAAAGGUGGUCCUAUAGAUUUUGAGUUUCCCAUUGAGGGCAAACCGUCCAAAGCUUCUCUGCAGGCUGACCCAGCGAGUCGGAACUCCCAUGGGCGGGGCUCCACUGUGCCGGAUGCAGGUGUCGACUAUCAUCGCAAUAGUACCGCUGAGCACAGUCCAGCACGAAUUGAAGAGAGCCCCAGGGCUCGACCCGUUCCGAGGAUCGUUGUGGGUGGGGAUGCCUUCAAGACCAUCGAUGCGAGCACAUGGAGAAGCCCAUUUCCUUCUAAUAAUCAUAGUUUUCGCGCCGCGGACAUGAAGAGACAUUCAAUGAUUGAGCCUUCCAGGAUCGCACAAUGGCGUGCGGCGAGCGAUUCCCUGGUGGCUGAAGCAAAUACACCAGAGGCCACAUCUCAUGGUCUCGAUAUCAGAAGACCUGCCUCCGUGGCAACAGGCAAUCCGCUGCAAUGGGAUCUACAAGGAGAACGCGUUGCAAAUCGGCAUUCUUGGUGGUUUCCGGAAGGACCAAAAAGAGGCCACAGACGUCAAAACUGUGUUCGCAUCACCAAUUUGCCCAUUCCGGAGCUGAAACCAAAAGGAGUGGCACAGUUACCAGAGCUUGAAGAAGAGCAGCAGGAUGUAUACUCAGCAGACAACAUCGACGAUACCAAUUUCGGGAUCGGACAGCCAGGACAAAUCAUCAAAGCUCGCCCGUUUAUGAUGGAGAUCAGCUCUUCACAAGGAUCAACACCGACACCCUCGCCGUUCAAGAACCGUCCUGUACUCAAACCAGGCACACGACCGUUCAGAAAACAAUAUAUCAAUCCUCCCAGUAGACCCGCUGAGGAUAAGACACGAUUCGAUUUGGACACCUUCAUUUCCGAUGAUGGCCCCGGAAAUGUGGUUUUCGGCACACCACAGCAUUUGCCUCUUUCGCCCACCCCAAAGAACAGCAUCCGCUUGAACCGCACACCCCCAUCAGCCCAGCACGCAGACCAUCUGCCACAUGACUCACCCAUUCUGCCAUCUCCAGCGCUGAAAUCGUCGUUGUUAUAUCCGCACAAAUCUGUUGUCAAGGGUCCUCGCAAUCCACGCACAUUUGAUCAGCCCUUCCACAACCCUCAGGCAAGUCCAUUGCGGAACAAACACAAUCCCACCAUCCGCAUGACAAGAAACCGUCGUUCAGGCGAAGUCGAUCUUCGUAAAUCGAUCAUGCUUUUACGAAGCCUGAACUCAGAAGCCAAGUUACUAGAGCAUUACAGUUGCAAGUCGUACCAAGAAGUUGACUUUGAGAGAGGCGACGACUUGGCUGCAAGGAUGCACAAUUCAAGCCGUGCAUUGGCCGCAUACAACGUUUCUGGAGCACUUCAGAACGAUCAAAGUACGAGGCUGAACCACUCCAGAGUGGUGCGGCCGACUUUAGCCGCUCCCCAGCCACAACAUCUGUCAGCCUCUCCAUCCGCAGCGUCCAUCGGUGGUGGCUCCGUUUGGGAGGACGCCAGUGUUCGUGGCGAAAGCCCUACACCGUCAUCCGAUCUGGAAAACGAGCCAGUCUCAUUUCGUCAUGACGGAGGUGGACUAAGCGACCAAUACCGACAUGCACAGCACCACGCUGUUCAGUCCUCGGAUCUGGCUUCCCAUCAUUCAAAGCACCUAUCGACCCGAGACCGCCUAACUUCCCACGUGGGACAGCUACCUCGGUAUCAGACUCAUAUCAGGCAAUAUGGCGAGGAGAACACCCAGCCGACCUCGACGCUUGUGCAAAAUCUGGAGCGCGCCGCGAAAGCAGACCGCUGGAACGCCAUUGGCGCCCAAGAUCAGUUCCAGCACACCCAUCGUGAACGGAGUCACAACCGUAGGUCGCCACUGGGCUUGGGUCUCAUUAUGGAUAGCCCGACACUUCCGGCGUAUGGUUAAGGCUGGACGUAAAUGUGUCUGUUCGUGCGCGCUCCCAUACAUGAGCAAGACCGGGUGAGGGGACUUUGCGGCGUGCUUUGUAUUUGCUUUGUAACAGUGUGUCUGUUCUGCCGCGCCCAUUGCUACUUACCUACUUCAGUGUUGGGACUAAGAUACGCCGGAUCACGUAAUGUCUAAAACAUCAGAGGGCCUUGCUUAAACCCGGUUU